AUGGCGUCAAGAGAAUCAGGUAGAGUGAAAGAAUCAGAGAAGAGAAGGGUACUUGAUGAUGCCGCUAGGAAACGAAGGGCCAGGAAGGCCAUUGAGGCUCUCGAACAAGACAAUUUCCAUGAAGACCCACACGCAGAUCUGGUUAUGUCCAAGAAAGUCCCAAAAUUUGCUGAUUCUAAUGAGAAACCUACAAGGAAGAAGAAGACGAGAAGUGCGGAAUACUAUAAGAUGAGAUUUAGGAAAACUUUUGCGCAACUUGUGGAAGAAGAUGCAAGUAGUAGAGCAGAACCUCCUAAUUAUUUGUCGGCACAAGUCCCACCAUCAAAAUUUCCCGAUAGACAUUUCUGCGCUGUGUGCGGGUUCCCUUCAAACUACACUUGCAUUCCCUGCGGAGCAAGAUAUUGUUCUGUCAAAUGUCUCGGAACACACUUGGAUACAAGAUGCCUCAAAUGGACUGCCUGAAUUGUUUAAUAUAAAACUUCACUCCAGUGACACUUGUUUUAAUAACUUUCUUCAUCCCUUUUCAUUCUUUUUGGGAUUGUCCUUUAUGAGAUUAAGGGAUUUAUUGCCUUAGGCUCGAAAGGAGGAGGGAGUGGUUCCAAAAAAAAAAACAAGAAACAAGACAUGAUAGGAGAGAGGUUUAAAAUAAAUGUC